AUGUUUCUACAUAGAGGCCAGCUUUUAAGAGGCGCCCGAAGCGUCACCCACGCUCGGCCUAAAUCACGACACCGACCGCAUUAUCACCUGCCUCAUCAAUUGCAUUCGACCCAGGCACGCGGUCCAGGAAGAAAUAAAGUCCCACGCUCGAAAACUACUUUUGGAAAGAUAAUAUGGAUAUCUGUCGGUGCCCUUGCCUGGGGCCAAGUCGUUAUCUCAUAUAUGUACGAGCCUCUCAGAGACAAUGGUGUUUUCACAAACAUUGCCCAAUCGACCAUCUUCCGAGCAAUACCAGCAAAGUUAGCACAUACGACCGAAAGAGAGGAAAGUGAGCUGUAUCAACCGAUCACUGGCGAUAAAGAAAUACGACUGCUUAUCUUAGAGCCGGGAGCACACGAGGACGCAUUGAAGUGCCAGUUAGUCAAACGCUGA